UUUCUUAUCUUACAGCCACCGGGCGCACCGUACAGCGUACCAUCCUGACUGAAUACCUCUGCAGCUGUUCAUUCUAGCUGUAGUGAUCCCGCAGACAAGUCUUCGUGGGCAUUUGAUAUCCACAUUUGAUAUCCACAUUUGAUAUCCACACGAAAAUGUCCGACCCAGCUGACCCGUUCGAGAAUUUUGCAGGAAAACUUCUCAUGCUUGCGAUGGACAAAGCGCCUGAGUUAAUCAAACUCGUCCUGGAGUAUUACAAGCCGAGCAAGGAAUACGAGAAACUUGCACAGGAGAUAUGCACCCUUCGGGGGGUACAAGAGAGGACUUCAGAGACCAUCAAUACCCUUACUAAGAGCCAAGACAAAUUGAGCCAACGAUUCCAGCUGCUGGCAGAACUGACGACAGCGCAAGAUGACCUGCCUUCAGGGUAUGGGCGACGCCUGCAAGAUCACGUUCACGGCCUUUGGUGUCUAGAGGGCCUCCACCAGGACCUCGACGUCCGUGUGGAGAAGGUUCUUCAGGGUCUAAACAGGGACGGAGAACCGCAAGAGUGUCGUCUUCCGGUGCCCCUCAUGUCGGCAGGACCGCGACCAGUUCCGGACGCUGUGGCCCAACUUCCCGCUGCUCGAUCUUCUCGAAGCGAGGAGAGUCUAGGAGGCCAAGGACGACGAGGUCAACCUCAAGGAGGGUCUCCGCAAGGACGAGGAAGACAGGCUCUCGCUCGCUCUCCAUAUGCCCGCCCAGAAGGCCAAGAACGAGGAGGCACAGGCCCGGGAGACGACUUGGGCCAGCGACGUCUCCGGAGCGCAGGGCGGCUGGCAGGAGGAGGCAGAGGGGCGUCCGGGGAAGGAGGAAGCUUACUGCCAUGAGGAGACUGAGGGUCAUGAUGAGAAAAAGCUCCGCCUUGAGAAGGAGGGGCUGAAGAAGAGAGGAAAAAACGCUUGUUAUUGGAGGAGGAAGAAGAACUGCAACUGUCUAUGGCUCUGUCAUUAUCUGAAAGCAUUUUCUAUUCACUAGUUAACAUCACUUUACAUCACUUUAGAGUUGAGUCUCUCCUUGUCUUGUUUCAAUGCUCUUAUAUGACACAUAAUUCUUGAUACUGUGAUAACAGAUCAUUAUUUGCAACUCAUUAUACUUGUAUGAGAGGACAUUUACAUGUAUGCCAAAUAGAUGCUCCAUGUCAGUGCCGGUUAGUAAUAGUAUCCGUGAAUUGUACUCACUUACAUUUAUAUAUCAAGUACAACUUAUUAAGAGAUUAUGUAACGUUUAUAUUCGUGGGAAAUAUUAUACAGGCACAUCUCCCGUGUAUUUACUCAGUUGAUAUUAAAAAAAUCUAAAUGGA